CUAAAUCGAAUUAGUACUCAACGAGAAAUAAGGAAAUUGAACGUAUUGUGAUCAAAUCAAUAAUUUUAGCAAUGGACUCUUUGUUGCGAGAAGAACUGCCAACAAUUGUGAGCAAUGGCGCGUUCGGACAAAAUCUAAAAUAUUUGUCAUUUGAUUUGGACAAAGGGAUCACGUCGGACAGGAUCAGUACAUGUCAACAGUAUUAUUUGGUACAGUCACCACAUCUGAUGAAUCACAACAUCGUGUUGUGAUAAAGUUAAAACUUCGAGAUGAAAAGAUGAGAAUUCAGUUUAAAAUCGACUUUCAAUUCCAUAACGAAAUUACUAUGUAUGAAAGAAUUAUACCAUUUUUAUUUGAAUGUCAUCGCUCUAUGGCAGGUGUCGGAAACUGGCCAACAUUUGCUCGAUUUUUUUACGGCCGUAAUAAAUGUGGUGAGUUUUUUGAAAGAGAUUUAAUUGUAUUGGAGAACGUGAAUCCUUUGGGAUUCCGAUUGAGUGAAGACCGUCCGUUCCUUGACUAUGAUCACCUCGUAAUUGCGUUACAAGCAUUAGCCAAGUUCCAUGGGUUGUCGUACACGGCAAAAUACAAAGACCCCGAUCGAUUUCAAAAAAUCAUUAUGGAUAUCCGGGAUACACAAUUUGAUUUAGAUGGACAGUGGUUAUUUAAGAACAACGCAUUAAGUAGAUUCGGAAAGCGAGGAGUCGACCAACUGCUUGAACGUAGUGGUGACCUUUAUCGGGACAAUGAGCACUUGCGACGAUUGAACAUGCUCAUUGAUGAUGGAGAAAAUUCACUGAGACGUGCGCUCGUUCCUCGAGAACCAUUUUCCGUCAUGUGCCACGGGGAUUUCAACCGGAACAAUGUGUUGUUCCGGUACGACGAGGCGGGACAUCCGGUCGAUGUGUUGCUGUUUGAUUUCGGGACGCCUCGGUAUGGUUCGCCGGCGUUAGAUCUUUCGUUUUUCUUCUACAUGAACACGACGCAAAACUUACGUGAAAGUCAGUGGGAUGACUUGCUGAAUGCAUAUUGCUUGACUUUGGCGGCAUCCGUACCAGCCGGCGUACGUGUUCCGAACAAGGCCGAAUUGAACUUUGAAAUGGCCACGUAUACUUAUUAUGGCUUUGCACACGCAUCAUUUUUCUUACCCCAUCAGUUAGAAUCAAAUGACCUUAAAAAUGAGGAAAUGGACGAUGAAGAAAUGUUGGAAUGGUUUUUACAGCUGGGCGGUGACGUUGGGUCGGGUUUAGUGGCUGACAUUGUCCAACACAUCGUCGACAUGGAAUACACGUACCUGUAAUAUGGUUAUCGAUUUGUUUCUUGCUGGGUACUACUCAUCAUAGUAUAUAAUUUAUUGUACGCAGCUGUGUCCGAUUGGGUGGCCAUAUAAUGUUUUUAUAUUAUAUAUUAUUUAUUAUAAUGUACCGAUAUUAUUUUAUUAACGUUUUGAGUUAAAUAGGUUUUAUGUACAUUGUGCCUACCUAUAAAUGGUAAGUAAUUUAACUAUUGAGUUUUCAAUGAAAGGGAUUAAAAUAAAUUAAUAUAAAUAAAACAUGUACUGCCGUU